CCAGAUGCUGCUCGGAAAGAAGGAGGGACGGCGGCUUUUAGGGUUGCAGAGCCUCGCGCGUGUUCAGAGUGGCUCGGGAAGUCGGCGUGAUCUCGGAGGAGGUCCGUGUUGAGGAUGGCCAGGAGGAUGUUGAUAGCCUGUGUGCUGGCUGCUGUCAUUUGUCAGGUGGGGAGUGCUCAACGUGUUCGGGAGAUCCACCCGUGGAGGAGCCAAGGCAAAGGAGCGGUGGUCAGGGUGAAGAGAGACUGGAUCAUCCCUCCAAUUAGAGUUCUGGAAAACAGCAAGCAGGUCCCAGAAAACCUGGUCCAGAUCAAGUCGGACAAAAUCUUCACAGGCGAGGUGAUCUAUAAGUUGGAAGGCCCGGGCGUGGAUCAGCCACCCAAGAAUUUCUUUGAGAUUGAUGACAAGUCGGGAGUCAUCAGAAGCAAGCGUCCGCUGGACAGAGAGAAGUACACAAGCUUUAGCUUGAAAGCUUUCGCGCUGUCGUCCAGUGGAGAGAGACUGGAGAACCCUACCACCAUUGAAAUUGUAGUACUGGACCAGAAUGACAACAGACCGGCCUUCACCCAGAAACAGUUCACCGGGGCCGUCUCGGAGUUCUCGGUGCCGGGCACAUCGGUCAUGUCGGUGUCAGCCACGGAUGCGGACGACCCGCUGACGGAAAACGCCUUUCUCAGCUACUCCAUCAUUGGCCAAGAGAGCAUCCCAGCCAACGCCAUUACCAAGACCAUGUUUGGGAUCAACAACGAGACGGGAACCAUCUACACCAGAGACGUGGGCCUUGACAGAGAGGUGGUCAAGACCUUCAGGUUAAUGUUACAAGUGGCUGACAUGGGCGGUAUGGGGUUGACCAGCCAAGGUGUGGCCAUCAUCCACGUGUCCGAUAUCAACAAUCAUGCGCCGCAGUUCCACCCCAGCUCGUACGCCAUGACGGCAGUAGAGAACAGAAUAAACGCCGAGAUCGGACGUGUCAACGUGACGGACGCUGACGAUCGCGGGACGGGGAACUGGGAGGCCAAAUAUUUCAUCUCCAACGACCCUGGCAAAAACUUUGCCGUCACGACGGACAGCGCCACCAACCAGGGCAUUCUGAUGGCGGUCAAGCCCCUGGAUUACGAGGCCCAGAAGGAGCACAUUGUCUUUCUGACAGUGGAGAAUGUCAAUCCUCUGAGCGACAAGGCUCCCAACUUGCCAGCGAGCGGCGCCAUGGUGGUGGUGACGGUCGUCAACGAGAACGAAGCGCCGCAUUUCAGGGAGGACCCCAUCCGCAUUGUCGUUCCUGAAUCCGUGGCUCCUGGAACGCUCUUGAAAAGCAACAUUGCCUUUGACCCCGAUAAUUCUGACCUGAGGUACGAGAUCAGCAGAGAUCCCGAGAGGUGGCUAACCAUCGACAGACAUACAGGAGACAUUUCUGCAAAGAGAACCUUCAACAUGCGAUCGCAGCAUGUUCAAAACAACAUCUACGUGGCCACCGUCAAGGUCACAGAUGCUGGCGGCGUGUCCACCACAGCCAGCGUGGCCAUCACUUUGAAGGAAACCAACGACUUUCCCCCGACACCCUUCCCGCUCAGCGGCGCCGUGUGCAGGGAUGCGGGAAGGACGGCCUCCGGGUUGCUGCUGACCGCUGUGGACCACGACCUCCCUCCGCACGCGGCGCCGUUCGUCUUUGAAAUGCUCGACGACGUGUCAAUCAACUGGACUGUCAUCCGAGUCAACGACACGCACGCAAAGCUGCAGCCUCUCGUCCACUUGGAGGACGGAGAAUACACGGUCACGUUGCUGGUGUCGGAUUCUGGAAAGCCGCGCUUCAGCUCUUACGCCGACAUCAACGUGACGGUGUGUCUCUGCGACUCGCACGGAGAUUGCAAGUCUGAGGCGGGCGCCGUCUUCGCCUCCAGCGUGGGGAUCAGCUUCAUCGCCCUUAUUAUUAUCAUGGCCGCUAUUGGCCUCCUUCUCCUGUUGCUGCUCUUGGCCGUGGCGCUCAAGUCGUGCGGCAGACGCCACCGUAUCAAGAAAGGAAGCGGUCUGCUUGUGGCCGAUUCGGAAGACGACAUCAGGGACAAUGUCCUCAACUACGACGAACAAGGAGGCGGUGAGGAAGAUGAGAACGCCUUUAACAUCGACCUGUUGUGGAACCCUCUGGACGCCCCCGUGACCCCGGCGCCGUAUUACCCCGUCGCCCGAGGCAAGCAGCCCGUCAGGAGGGACGCGCCGCACGACCUGCCUUCUCCCGCCUACCCUCGGAGGCCCCCGGCGGAUCCCGCUGACAUCCAGGACUACAUCAGUGAGGGUCUGGAGGCGGCAGACAAGGAUCCGAACGUGCCGCCGUACGACACAGCCCUGAUCUAUGACUACGAGGGCGAGGGCUCCCUGGCGGGCAGCCUCAGCUCCAUCGCGUCGGCAAGCUCAGAUGAGGACCAGGACUACGACUACCUCAACGACUGGGGGCCGCGCUUUCACAAACUGGCCAACAUGUAUGACCCACGUUAGGUGGGAAGGGUGAGUGCUUUUACUGUUUCAUUGGACAAGAGGAGAUCGUUUUACCGCAGCACUGCUCUUAAACUGAUUUGUGAGAUGUUUGUGAAUAUUUCAAAGGGUGCAGAGGGAAAAAAAAAAAAAACAAGUAGGACCUCAACAUGUUCAAAAGAUGGAUUUGAUUUAUACCCAAACUUGGAUUGCUUGGGACGUGCGACUUUUUUUUUUAUAUGAUUAUUUUAUAAAAGGAAUUUGUUACUCAUGUUUAUUUGUUUGAUCAUAACACCUCCAUUCCAGCAUAUGUUACACUUCUGACGCAAAAUAUUACUUAACAAAACAAAUAGAUGCAGAGAAUUUGUCAAAGAGUCGAAUUAUUUCAUUAAUGCCGUACAAAGAAUGUAGAACUUAUUUUCAUAUUCCUCAGGGCACAACUUUAAUAAAACUUGGCUCAAAUAUAACAA